UUACGUAUGCUGAGGCAAACUUAUGUUCCAGUUGAAUUCGAUCAAAAUAUCCCCAAUUCGUCCAAGAUACCAUUCAUGUUAGAAUGGUGGGAUCUUUCGCACCAGGUUAUUGUGGGUUCGAAUGUCCACAAAGACUCCCUUCUGACGACUGUGCAGAAUUGCAAUCUCCGGCUCAGGGAUAGGGUUCCUGAAUUUAUGUCAAUUCUGCACAUGCAUAAUAUUCCCAUGCUGGUUUUCUCAGCUGGUCUCGGGGAUGUUAUUGAAAUGAUUUUGGAGCGAUACGACAUGCGCUACGACAAUGUUAAGGUUAUUUCAAAUUUCAUGAACUUCGACAAGAAUGGACUACUUGUCUGUUUCCGAUCACCAUGCAUUCACACCUUCAAUAAAAGUUUCGCUAGCGUUGCUUUGAGUGAUGAUCUCCACAAAAACGUUUCAAAAAGACGUUGUGUCAUAUUGAUGGGUGAUUCUUCCUAUGAUCCACACAUGGCUGAUGGCUUGGUUGAGGAAGGCUUGGACUCGGAUACUGAUGAGGCCACAUCUCCAACAAUACUCAGAAUCGGUUUCUUGAACUCAAAAGUUGAAACGCUACUUGAUAAGUACAUGGAGAUCUACGAUAUCGUCUUGACAAACGACAGCAGCUUCGAUAUUCCUUUCGAAAUUGUUAAAUGCAUUACAAAGUCGGGAAAAUAUGGGGCUACUUAA